CCCUGCGUCCACAACCGCAGUCGCCUUUUACGCACCAGCGAGUGGAGAAUAUAGUGCAAGAGAGACGCCGUCCUUCCGCCUCUUAUUACGCAUUUGAUUCCCUUGUAUUUGGACUUACUUUAACUCAGUAUUUGUGGAGAUACACUCGCUUGCCUGGACCGGAUUAUCGCAUGCGCGCAGACGUGGUGCGCAACGAAGAGAUGAGAAUUUUAUCCUGAAACCACACUCUCCUAAAUGCUGCUUUAAAGUGAAGACGUGCGAGGCACAAGCCUACAUAUGGAGUCCAGGGUUCCCCACCACAUCCCCGGAGUGUCCUCCUCCCUCAUAUCCCAGCCUCUGCUAGACAGCCGAGUGCCCUACGGCCGCCUGCAGCACCCUCUAACAAUCUACCCCAUCGACCAGAUCAAGUCCUCGCACGUGGAGAACGACUACAUCGACAGCCCUGCUGUCAUCUCCCAGCAGCCCCCGAGCCAGAAGUCUGCGAACCGAAGAAUCACCUGGCUUGGUCAGAAUCAAGAGGCCUUCCUGGGGGCGAACCACAACCACCAUCACAAUCAUCAGCACCAGCACCACCAGCAGGGCAGGUGCGAGCCCCACCCUCACCAGGACACCACCACCCACCCUUGGAUUUCUUUCAGCGGGAGGCCGAGUUCUAUCAGCAGUAGCAGCAGCACCUCGUCAGAUCAGAGGCUGCUGGACCAUGCUGCACCCAACCCAACAGUGGACCACCACCCAAACCUGCAACCCCACCAGGGCACCGUGAACACAAUCACUACCCGAACUCCAGGCUGCUUCCCUUCUUCUGAAUCAAAAGUCCUAACCUCCUCUUCUUCCUCUUCUAAGUCUCUAGACCUCAAGUCUGCAAAGUUGCCUGCAGGAGGGGUGUGCACCACUGGAGGCCAGCAGGGGUUGGCGCUGAUCCCUUCCUCCCCGGCCGAGAAGAAGCACCUCCUUCUCUGCGAGAACUGUGGCAAGUGCCGAUGCACAGAGUGUACUCUUCCCCGAACCUUACCCUCUUGCUGGGUCUGCAACCAGGAGUGCCUGUGCUCUGCUCAGAGUCUGGUAGAUACAGCCACCUGCAUGUGCCUGGUCAAAGGAAUCUUCUACCACUGCACAGAGGAUGAGGACGAUGAGGGCUCGUGCGCAGACAAGCCCUGCUCAUGCUCCCAGGCCAACUGCUGUGCACGCUGGUCUUUCAUGGCUGCCCUUUCCGUUGUCCUGCCUUGCCUGGUGUGUUACCUGCCGGCUACGGGCCUGGCCAAACUUGGACAGAAGUGUUACGACAAUGUUAGUAGGCCCGGCUGCCGCUGCAAGAACUCACAGGCCAGCGUGAGCAUCCCUGUGUGUAAAAAUGGUGGCGUGGAAGCAAAAGUCGGGACGCUAGAGAAGCAGCAGGGGUCAUGAUACUGGACCAAACUGGUUGACAGUGGCCUUGCUUAAAUAAAUGAACUGGACCACACAGUACUUGCUUGCUCUCUUUGGAUAGGACAAUCCAACACCAACCCCUUAAACUUCCCCAUUAAUCUGCUGGAAGAGGACUCAUGUAAAACGAAGGUACUUAAAUAGCUUGUUGGGCUAUGUUUGAUAGGGUGCAUCAAAAGGGGCUUGAUCUCAUAGAGUUGCCUAAUAGGAACAGAUAACGGGCCUCUGUGGUGUUUUUUUUUUUUUGUAGGGGUGACACAAAAAGAAGAGACUAGAUUGUGGGAAAUGUGUUUUUGUUUUGCAAAGAUGGCUGAAGGCACAAAGUCGUUGUACCUCUCUGCUGCUCUGUAUUUUUCAGCUAAUUUUGUAACUAACCAGAGCUGGUUGCUGGUUCUCGGAUAAAGGUUAUUUGAUGGAGCUAAACACCUGUACACCAACCUCCCAGCCCCCCAAAAGCACAGCCCAGUGUCCCUCUGAGAAAAACAAGGGAUCACCUAGACUGUGGCUUUAUGAUAGGCCACAGGGAGAGUGAAACUACUACUUACCUGCUCACUCUCUCCACUAUUAUGAUGAUUACCAUCUUCUAGUGUUUUCCUCCUUUAAGAUGCUAGCUUGGUAAUGCUAACAUUUGAUCUCUGAGCUGUAAAAACAAAAAAGUUGAGAGUAUUAAAUUACUUCCCAUAGUUUACUCUGUAUGGAGUGUAAGCAGGUGAAGGAGGGAUAGUUAAUUUCCUGUUUUUGGGGGAAUAAAGCCCAGAAAUUUUAAGAUUUGAAUGCUGUUCACCAAUCACCUCAGAGGUAAUGCAUGUCAUGACUUGCAUGCUCUAGUCUAAUGGUUACCCACCGUGCUAAAAGUUGAUGUGUCGUAGAGAAAUGUGUAAAAAAAGUACACCCAACCUUCUCAGGGACUGUUACAGUAAUCCUCUCUAGAACUUGGCCUACAGCAUGUUAAUCUCUAAACUGCCUAAAGAGCCUAAGAGUCUCCUUCCUCUUUGCACAAGAUGGCAAAGAAACAUUUAGGGGCAAAAAGGCAAUAGUGAAUAAUUUAAAACGAGUAAGCUAAGUGAGAGACAAACUGGCCAGAAAAUUGGAAAAGGGGACGCAAGUGCUAGAGAGUGGGGAGCGGGAGAGGGAGAAGGCAUAGCAAAGUCGUUGUUGUGUUUGUAUCUAUACAGCCUUUGUCGAAAUCAAAACCUGCCACUUGCACAACCUUUUUAGAAAGACGCAAACCCCUUAAAGGAUGUACUAAAGCACAGUAUUAACCACCUCAGCUAUGUCACAUUACAUUUGCGUGCACUACACGACCCCAGCCCGCCUCUACACGCAGUGUCUUCAUUAAAUCAUUAUGCUGCAUUGCUGCGUUAGUCAGAUAGUACGUCUUUUACUCUGAAUGUCUAUUUUUGUGGCUUGCAUGACAUUCGUAGGACUUUGCCAAAGGAAGCUAGCAUACAGUAGCUUGUUUUUGAUCACAGUUGUUAUGCACUCUCGCCACUCUGGAGUUGAUGGCAGUUGGUUCUUAAAGGCACACUGCCCCUUUAAUAUAGACGGUCUUUUUCCGUUUGGUGUGCUGUCAUUGUUCAUCCAUAACACACACCUCUCUUUCAACUUCCACUAAGGUUGCUAACUUUGCUCAUAGUUUUCUUGUUGCACAACGCUGUUAUCACACAUGAAAAAAAGAGAACACACUGUCCUUAGUCUUGAAUGUAUGAGGCAAUAUUUUCAAAACCUAGCAAUUCAGUCUGACAGAAAGGUGCCAAAACUUUGAAUGAUUGUGCGGCUGGGCGAAGGCCUAGUACCUGCAGGAGGGGCGACAAAAAUCACAAAUGUUUUGACAAUAUAUUUAGGAUUAGAGCUAUGCAGGUGAAAUGUUCUUUGCUGUAAAUAGUUUCACAACAUUUGUGUUCUUUAGAAGAGACUUUUAAAUGUCCUUGAAAGAUUGCAUGGUACAUUAUAACUACAAUUCAGUACAAAAUAUAUAGAGAAUAUAUUAGAUAUAUAUUUUGAUGGGAAGAUGUUUUUGAGGUUGUGAGAAAAAUAAGAAAAAGAGGGAGGGCUGUGAGAGGGAGGUUUGAGACAAGGUUUCAAAAAUGACAGGUCUUUCUAUCACAAGCACUUGAUUUAGAAAAAGUGUGCCCGGCAAUAAAAAAAAAAGAGAGAGAAAAGCUCAGCUGUUUAUGCUAUCCAUGGCUCAUUAGCAGUCGAGAGGCUAAGCUAAUUCCCCGGUUCCUCUCGGAGUCCUAAAGACUGUGGACUCAUUGAAUCCACACAGGGAACACAAUCUCCCCCUAUCCGGAUCAACCCAUUUCCUGCUGUUACUGCUCAGUGUCUCAGCUCUCUUUCCCCCCCUUUCUCUCCCUCUCUUGCUUUUUUUUUCUCUCCUUCCUCUCUUCCCUCCUUCCUCCCUGAGAAAUUGUCCAACAAACACCCCUAGCCUUGAUUGACAAACACAGCUGCUGUGCAUAAACUUGUCAUACCACAGAGACGGGAGAGAAAGACAAGUCUGUCUCUCUCUGUCUCUCCCCUUCUCGCUGUUUUCUCCCCCUCCUUCUGUCUUUGUUUUUCUCCUGUGCCAUCUUUUUUAACCAGCAGGCCUCCUUUUUUAAAAAAAAAAAAGUCGUUGCCUUUAUCUAUCUCCUCUUUUAACGCCUCGGCUCUGUCACUGCAAGACUUCUUCACUUCAUGUUAGCUUUAUACUUUCAAAUGUGCUCACUAGCAUGUUCGAGGAAAAGUCUCCAACAAUGAAAACUUAAUUAUUUACUCUUUUUUUUUUUUUUUUUUUUUUUUUUGCUACAAUGCUGUGACCUUUACACACCCCUAUGUGUCGCUCAUUUCCAGGCACUACUUUUUUUUGUAUUUUUAGCUCAAACAAGAGGGAAAAUGUCUCAUACAGCUGGUUGAUGCUACUCCAUUCCUUUAUGCCUUUGCAAUGUCAUUGUUGGGGAUUAAGAACGAGAUCUGUGCUUUUGUUUUUGUUUAGAUGUAACAAAAAGAAAAAAAUCUCUCAUAUAAAAGGUUCCCUUUAUAGAUAUAUUUAUUUUGAAGUUCUAUUUUAUAUAGUAUUUAUUUAGAUGCCAACUUUUUGUUUGUGAAGAAAGCUUAUGUCAAAAUGGAAUGUACAUUGACAAUGGAAAUAUAUAUUGUUAAAUA